AUGUCGGCCGCAAUGAAGGCCAUCAGACGAUCCUUGAAGGGGGAGAAAGAACCCAAGCAUCAUCAUCAUCACCACAUCUCCAUUACCCCCAAGUCCGCGAUCGCUAUUCUCCCUCCCAAGAAGGUGAUCAAAGCUCUCUACGACUACCAACCCGAACCAGGCCCCAACCAGGAAUUGGCUUUCAGCAAGGGCGACUUUUUCCACGUUAUCAGCAGGGAGGACGACUCGGACUGGUACGAGGCCUGUAAUCCGCUUAUCCCUGAAGCCCGAGGGCUCGUUCCUGUCUCCUUCUUCGAAAUCAUCGGCAAAACCGAAAGGGAUAGUGGGGGUUCCGGCGAUCUGAAUAAAAAGGGCCACCCCGACCUGGGCUUCUCCGAUCGCAUUCCCGCCUCCGAUUCUCCCAUCAACACCACCAGUCAAGGCGUCUUCAGGAUGUCUGCGCUCGGCAAGGGCCAGGGCGCCAUGGUUUACGGCAUUGUUCAGUACGAUUUCCAGGCCGAACGCCCCGACGAGCUAGACGCCAAGGCUGGGGAGGCGAUUAUCGUCAUCGCCCAGUCCAACCCCGAAUGGUUCGUCGCCAAACCCAUCGGCCGUCUCGGUGGUCCCGGUCUGAUUCCCGUCUCCUUCAUUGAACUGCGCGAUAUGCAGUCUGGUCAGGCGGUUACCGACCCGCUGGAGGCCGUGCGACGCGCCGGUGUCCCCAAGGUCGAGGAGUGGAAGAAGAUGACUGCCGAGUAUAAGAACAGCAGCAUCACCCUCGGCAAGAUCGAGAGCGGCGCUGCUGGCGGUGGCAUGGGCGCCGUCACCAACGGCAUGGAGAAGAUGUCCAUGAGCCCCCACCAGAGCGCACACAUGAGCCAGAAUGGCAACUCUUACCCGUAUCACCAGCGCAACGCCAGCAAAGGAACUCUAGCAUCGCAGGCAGCCACCUCGCAAUCUUCUCAAAACUACCAACCCGUUCUCGCGCCGGUCGCCGCCUCGAUCCCACGCUACUGCUUCGAUAAUGACAAAUACUGGUACAUUAUCGAAGCGAAGAUGGAAGACGGUCGCUGCUGGGAACUGUCACGAUACUACCACGAUUUCUACGACUUCCAGAUUGCCCUCCUGACUCAGUUCGAAGAUGAAGCCGGCAAUCGAGGCCGACCGCGCACCCUCCCCUUCAUGCCAGGCCCCGUCACGCACGUUACCGAUGCGAUUUCCAACGGCCGUCGCCAAAACCUCGACGAGUACAUCAAGAAGCUCUUGAGCAUGCCUCCGCACAUCGCCCGCUGCCAACUGGUCCGGCAGUUGUUUGCGCCCCGGCAGGGCGACUUUGAAAUCGACCCGAACGCCUUUGGCGAGGAAGCGCGUUACUCGGGGGAGUCGCAUCACUCAGACCCUUCGCGCAGUGUCUCCCGCCAGUCUUCCCAGGUACCGAUGAAUGCGCCCCAAGACCGCACCUCGCAGCAGCAGCAACAACAACAACAACAGCAACAGCAGCGCUCGCAACAAGGCUCCGGCUCUUUCGCCAAUUGUGCCCCGCCGCCUAUGAAUCGUCAGGCCAGCUCCCUCACGCAGGUGUCCACGGCAUCGAACUCGAGCGCGAUGAAGGUCAAGGUGUUCUUCCAGGACGAUCUGAUCGCGAUCCGCAUUCCGUCCGGCGUCAGCAUGCAGCAUCUCAAGGAUAAGCUGUCUGAUCGGCUGAAGAUCCAGGAAGAUAUCAUCGUGCAGUACCGCGAUGAGACUUCUGGCACCUACGUCGAUCUGGUGUCUGAUCAAGACCUGGAGAAUGCCAUGCAGCGCAACACAAAGUUGACGCUGUUUGUGAGCAUCGCCUAA